AUGAAGCUGCUGUCAGCUCUCCUGCUUUUCMUGAUUCCUCUAUGGGUCAGCUGUGCGCCUCUUGUCCUUCCUCUGGACUGCAGCGACAUCUAUAACCAUGAUAACAGCAAACCCAGCGGAGUUUACACUAUAUAUCCUAUUGGGGCAACUUCUGCUGUACAGGUGUUCUGUGACAUGAGCACUUUGGGAGGACGGUGGACAGUGUUCCAGAGGAGGAUGGAUGGCUCUGUGAACUUCUACAGGCCUUGGGAUCAUUACAAGGAGGGCUUUGGGAAUGCUGCUGGAGAGUACUGGCUUGGUCUGGAAAGGCUCUUCCACUUAAGUCUCAGAAAAAAAUAUGAGCUGCUGGUCAACAUGGAGGAUUUUGAAGGAAAUAAGGCAUACGCUCGCUACUCCUCAUUCUCUGUCGGUCCAGAAUCUUAUGGCUAUACUCUGCAUAUUUCUGGAUUUAGUGAUGGAGGGGCAGGAGACUCUCUAAGUUAUCACAGUGGAUCCAAAUUUUCCACCUUUGACAAAGAUCAGGAUAGUUAUGAGUUAAAUUGUGCCAAGAACUACCUGGGAGCUUUUUGGUACACAGCAUGCCAUUUGACCAAUCCUAAUGGAGUCUAUCGCUGGGGGGCUGAUGAUACUCUCUAUGCUGUUGGAGUGGAAUGGUACACAUGGAAGGCCAAUGACUACUCACUGAAGGCCAUCAGCUUUAAUAUCCGGCCUGUUCAGUAA